AUGAAUAAAAUCGAACACGAUGAAACAUUGAUAGAAAACGCCCUAUUUUCCGAUGUUAUCAAGGCUAUCUCUGAUAAAUUUAAAACAUUCAAAGGACAAAUUAAAAUAGAUGGAGAGAUAGUCGAGGAAGGGAAUCACAGACAAUACAUGUCACUUCUCGGUUUCAAUGCCAAAACCUUUCACAAUAUCUUUUCAAAUAUGGACAAAAAAUCCGAUGCUUCCGAUUGGUAUUUUACAGGAAAAAUAAUUUUAAUGAAAGACAAUUUCCAAGAAAUCAAAAGGUCGAGAGUUGGUAGAGGAGGAACUGAUCUACUUAAAAAGAUAAAUGAAUACGAAGGCGAAAAUUGUUACAUACCUGCAGAUGGUCACUGUUUUAUCAAAUGCGUCAAUCGUGUUUUGAACAAAGAUUUAACGUGUAAAUUUCAAGAAUACAUCAACGGGUUUUCAAAAGCAAAUAGAAAAGGAGUGAUGACUUGUGCUAGAAUGAAGGAAUUCAACAAGAAAUUUAACACUUCGUUUCAAAUUUAUAAUCCCAAAAACAGACAUUUUCAUCCCAGAGACGUUCACGAUGAAUUAGAUUGGGUUUUUUACUUACACAACUCGCAUUUCUGUCUGAUUAGAAGAAGGCAAAAAAGUUUGGGAAUUCAAGAAAUAGAAGACAAUUACGAACAGGUGUGGAAAACGUGUAGAGACGAUAACGCAGUAACACAGGUUUCACCCCUCAAACUAAACGUGCUUUCAAGUAUGAGUGAUGAUGCGUUAUUCGCUUGGGAUUGCGAAACGUAUUCAGAAAAAAACAGUCGAAGAGCAAUUCCUUAUGCCUGA